CCAGUUAGCUAUUCUAGUAUAUAUAGAUUAAUAACGUCGACCUCGAAUUAAUCAACUCACAUAAUCGGUUAAUUUCCAUGGGGAAACACUACCUUGUUUUCCUUUGCCUUCUAGGAAUAUUUUGCUUUCCUUUGCUUCACAGUUAUCUGGCCUUGGCUGCAGGAACUGAUGAUGGGUCUGAGCAAUGGGGAUAUGUUGAAGUUCGACCCAAGGCUCAUCUAUUUUGGUGGCAUUACAAAGGUCCUUAUAGGGUUGAAGAUCCAACGAAACCAUGGCCAAUAAUUUUAUGGCUCCAAGGAGGACCAGGGGGCUCUGGUGUUGCAUUUGGAAAUUUUCUAGAAAUAGGACCGCUGGACGGCAAUUUGAACCCCCGCAAUUCGACUUGGCUCCUGAAAGCAGAUCUUUUAUUUGUGGAUAGCCCGGUGGCAACAGGAUUUAGUUACGUGGAGGACGAGGCACUGGUGGUUAGGAGUGAUGAAGACGCAGCAGCUGAUUUAACUGCUUUGUUGAAAGAGCUCUUUAAUGGAAACGAAACUCUCCAAAAAAGUCCUUUAUACAUUUUUGCUGAGUCAUAUGGAGGCAAAUUUGCUGCCACACUCGGGGUUUCAGCUCUAAAAGCCAUUGAAGCAGGGGAAUUGAAGCUUCAACUAGGGGGAGUUGCUUUGGGAGAUAGCUGGAUUUCUCCUGAAGAUUUCGUGUUUACAUGGGGUCCUCUUCUCAAAGAUCUAUCAAGAAUGAACAGCAAUGGCUUAAACAGCUCAAACAGUUUAGCUGUAAAGAUUCAGCAGCAGCUAGCUGAAGGAAAAUAUGAAGAUGCGACAUCAACAUGGAGAGAACUAGAGGAUGUUGUCUUUUCCAACAGUAACAAUGUGGAUUUCUACAACUUCCUUUUGGAUUAUGUCAAUGAUCCUGUCAUCGGGAGCACAACCCAAGAAUCAAAAGGAUUUGUGGCUGCUGACAGAUAUUCGAGAUAUCUGAGCACUAAGAUGUAUCCAUCACCAGGGAGCACUGGAGCGAGGAGCACCGAAAACCUUUAUGACCUAAUGAACGGGCCAAUAAGACAGAAACUAAAGAUUAUUCCUGAGAAUGUGACAUGGGAUGGACAAGGUGGGUUGGUUUUCCAGGCCUUGGUUGGUGAUUUCAUGAAGCCGAGAAUCCAAGAGGUUGAUGAGCUCUUAGCCAAAGGAAUAAACGUGACUAUAUACAAUGGACAGGUUGAUCUCAUAUGCUCAACCAAAGGAGCAGAAGCGUGGGUUAACAAACUCAAGUGGGAUGGUUUGCAGAAUUUCUUAAGUCUGGAUCGUUCUCCUCUAUAUUGCAAAAGUGAUAACACCACCACAAAGGGAUUUACAAGUUCGUACAAGAACUUGUUUUUCUAUUGGAUCCUUGGAGCUGGCCACUUCGUUCCAGUCGAACAGCCUUGUGUUUCUCUGCAGAUGGUGGGGAAUGUUACUAAAUCACCAAAUAACUUUUAGUGGUUUAUAAUGGCAGGACAAAUUGUCCACCAAUGUUAGAGAAAUAUAUUGAUUCUCCCAUCAAAAACCAAAAACUAAUAUUGAGCUUUGAAAUGGUUACGAAGAAAUAUGAGUUCUGCCUUUUUCAUUGGAGGUGUCCUGGAUAAUAGCUUAAGGUUUGUUCUGUUCUCGUCUUUUCCUGUUCUCGGGUUAUAGUUUGCUCUCUUUUUUUGCUGUUAAUCUGUAGCUGUGCUCUUGUUCUUGCUUUCACCAAUGGCUUCCUUGUAGCCUCUUGGUGGUUAUUUAUUGGAUUCCUAGCUUAUAAAAUAAAUAAAUAAGAUGGAAAAGGUUUUGAAAUUA